UCAAUGUUCUAGCAUCUACUCACAUCCUCCACCUCUCAUAGCUAACUCACUAUAAAACCCCAACUUUAUCCAAUGUUUGUAUACAAAAAACAGAUCAACACAUAGUUGAGAGGUGAUCAAGAUGAGUGGAACUAACGCUGCUUAUGCUAUGCCCGGAAUGAGGCAAAACGGGUACCGAAAUCAAGAAAUCAGCAAGAAUAAGUGUAGCUUCUUUCAGAUGCCUCUGCACUACCCGAGGUUCAAGAAAAGCGACUAUGAGACCAUGCCUGAAUGGAAGCUGGACUGCCUGCUCAAAGAGUAUGGACUGCCCAUUGUUGGUGAUGUUAAUCACAAGAGAAGGUUUGCCAUGGGAGCUUUUCUUUGGCCUUCGGAGUUGGACAAUUAGGGUUUAAAGCAAGAUAUGUGCAACAAGAUUAUAAUCAUGCUAUGCUAUAGUUUACAACCAUGUAGUAGUUGUUUUAAAUUAUGUAUAUGUAAGUGGCGAUCAAGGUUGAUCAUUGUCCAACUUAUUAUUGACUGUAGUAUGCCCUAUAUAUAAUGCUACGUACUUUAUCUUUUCAAUGUAUUCUAUUAUAAUUAAUGAAAGUAUAUAUGAUAUUUAAUCACUUAAGUAA